AUGGCUUUCGCAUCCCUUGUCCGCCCGCAGAAGUUAUUACUACGAGGCUCUUCCAGUACACAGCAGCAUGGCCCCCUUCCACCAGACAUUGGCGGCCUCGGCCCUGUCGAGCCCGAUCUUGGCGACCUGAAUGCCUCUCUGCAGGCGCUCACAGACAUUUUCCCCGAUGUGCAGCCCGAGGUGUUCCGUGAGAUGCUCACAAGCUUCAGUGAAGAGAGCAGGCUGCAAGUGAUAACAGAGACACUCCUCAAGCAUGGCCACAAGUAUGUGCGCGGUCGAUAUCGAAUGCCAGCGGAACAGGAGGAGCAACGGGAAACAGCGCAAAAGUACAAAUAUCGCAGGGAAGAUGCGCCAAAGGACACCCGAGGCAUACCGCUCGCCUUGGAGGAUAAAUUCCGCUCGGUACGAUAUAUAAGAGCAGCUACGGAUGCGCUAUAUCAAGAAUUUAAGGGCCUUAGCCAUUCAACCAUCAAGGCAGUGCUGGCAGAAUACAACUGGAGCUAUACACAGGCAAGGCCAACGCUGUUAGAACUCUCGAACAGAAGCUGGAGAUCAAGUAUAACAAACUUUAUCAUGCGUAGGAAAGCACCCAGUGCCAACGAUCACCCACUAGUCCUGUGGAUGGCUGCAGACCCAAAGACCAACCGACCGCGCAUGCCCAUGCUCGUCAAGACGGACAGCGAUGAGCUGAAUAAAGAGUUGUACGAGAGUCUUAUAGUACCAGUAAUGGAACUCCAUCGCAAGGAGCAGCUACAGCAGGACUUCGAACUUGCCAUGCAGUGGAAUGAGGAAGAGGCGGAGAGGGAAGGCGAAAUGUACGACUGCGAGUGCUGCUACAUGCCAAAUACACUCCAGCAAAUGUCAACUUGUGACGUCGAUGGACAUUACAUCUGCUUUCGCUGUAUUCGGCACGCCAUCAGUGCUGCACUCUAUGACCAGGGCUGGGCGCGCAACAUCGACACCGAACUAUGCACCCUGAGAUGCAUUGCGCCCAUCUCAGACGGUGACUGUAAAGGAUGCAUACCCCUCAGCUUCGUCAGACGAGCCCUCCUCGAGGACAAAGAUGGCGAGGAUCACUUUGCAAAGCUCAACGAACGCUUCGCAAACGAGACUCUUACCAAAUCACAGCUGCCCCUUGUUCACUGUCCGUUCUGCAACUACGCUGAGCUCGACGAUCUCGCUCUUCCAGACGCCAAUCUCUUUUCCAACUUACGAUUCCGACUACGAUUCUUCGACCCCAUCUGUUUAUCUUCUACCUCAGUUUUGGACCUCGUUUUCCAAAAAGCGUCGCAGGCCAUCUUUACCGCCCUUAUUCUCUUAUACUGCUUAAUAACCGUCUGCUUCCGCCUCCCUAUCCUCCCACCUAUUCAAACCGCCCUUCGCCGCAUCCAUCUUAAGAGGCGCGGUCUUCGCUUCCAAUGCCUCUCGCCCACCUGCAGUCGUCCAUCAUGCCUCUCCUGCUCGCUCCCUUGGCACGACCCACACAUUUGUUUCUCCAGCCAACUCACGUCCCUCCGACUUACCCUUGAGCGUGCCACCACCGAUGCGGUAAAACGGACCUGUCCGCAAUGCAACCUCGGCUUCGUCAAGUCUGAAGGCUGCAACAAACUGGUAUGCCUAUGUGGAUAUAGCAUGUGCUACAUCUGCCGCCAGGGGUUGAAGGUAGAGGGCUAUCAACAUUUUUGCGGACAUUUUCGCGAGCGACCUGGUCAGCCGUGUGGAGAGUGUAACAAGUGCGAUUUAUACCGGGUCGAGGAUGAGGAGAGGGUUGUUAAGCGCGCAAAAGAGAGGGCGGAGGCAGAGUGGUGGGAGCAGCAGGGUGAGGGGGCAAGAGAGGGCCUUCAAAACGAGGUUGGGAUGGAUGGCGGGAAGAUUGGGGUCUUGGGGUUGAAGAGGGGGACUUGGGAGGGCUGGUUUGAGGGGGUGUUGGAAGACGUGUUUGUGUAG